AUGCAUGAAGUUAAGGAACCAAAAGAAAAUUUACACGAUCAAUUGAAACUAGCAAAAGAAGAAAUUCAUAGUUUACAACAGCAAUUAAAAUGUCUUCUUGAUCUAACGAAAAGUGCUUGGCAUGGUGAUCAGACAGCAAUUAUUCAUUUAGCUGAAUUGAUUGGUGUUGAUCCUGAAAUCGAACAGAAUGCUUUUAACGAAAAGAAAAUCAUGCCAGUUCCUUCAACGAAGAAAACAGUUACGAUUGCCGAUAAUGACGAGAUUUUAUCUAAACGUUCGACAAGUAUAUCAAGCACACUUAGUCAUGAGGACCGACGAGAACAGAAACAACGACAACAAAAAACAGCGAAUGCUUUGGCGGCUGCUGCUCGGAAUGCAUAUUUACAACCGUUUCUUAAACAAAAUCAUAUCGACCCUGUUCACGGACAAAAUACUCGACAAUUACUUGUCAAUAUGAUGCGCUAUCGACAAAGCGAAACACGAAAUCCGCCAAGUAUUCCAACUAGUCGAGCUUCGUCAGCCAGCGUUCGACCACGCGCCACAAAACAUCUCUAUCAUUUAGCUUCACCUGAUCAUGUUGUUAAACAUCUUGGCAGUCCAGCAAGUCGUGCAAAACCGUACUUCGUCUUCGCAGGCAAAGAAUUCUUCCAACAAACGGCUAAUUAUGCACCGCUGUAUGAAAAAGGGUUCAUCACUGAAAAUGGAUCACGACAUUCAGAACAUUCCAAUUCUUCAGACGACUUAAACUCAAUUCCAUCGCCAACUGCUGAGCCAGUUAUCGGUCGUCCACAUACUGCUAAAUCUACGCAACCAUUUGCUACCCUUCGAUCUAGUGCACAAUCAAGACAAAGUGAAAAUCCAGCAAGAAUAUCAUCGGCAAAAUCAACAACGAUGAGUGAACGCGAUCGACGUGACGCCAUGCGACUUCAGCGACAACUUAAUUUACCUCGGCAAGGUUGGGUGAACCAAUACUCUUGA